AUGUUCGGUUCCUUCGGAGGAUGGAUUUAUAAGAAUUUAUCUAUCCCAAUAACAAAAAGACUUGACUUGAAUGAUCCUAUAUUAAGGGCUAAAUUGGCUACGGGAAUGGGUCAUAAUUAUUACAGAGAACCCGCAUGGCCCAAUGAUCUUUUAUAUAUUUUUCCGGUAGUAAUUCUAGGUACUAUAGCAUGUAAUGUAGGAUUAGCAGUUCUAGAACCAUCAAUGAUUGGUGAACCUGCAGAUUCAUUUGCAACUCUUUUGGAAAUAUUGCCUGAAUGGUAUUUCUUUCCUGUAUUUCAAAUAUUUCAUACAGUACCCAAUAAGUUAUUGGGUGUUCUUUUAAUGGUUUCAAUACCUGCAGGAUUAUUAACAGUAUCCUUUCUGGAGAAUGUUAAUAAAUUUCAAAAUCCAUUUUGUCGUCCAAUUGCGAUAACCGUCUUUUUAGUUGGUACUGCAGUAGCCCUUUGGUUAGGUAUUGGAGCAAUAUUGUCUAAUGAUAAAUCCCUAACUUUAGGUCUUUUUUAA